AUGUUUUACUUAAUAGGCUUAGGUUUAGGUGAUGCUAAAGACAUCACUGUAAAAGGGUUAGAGAUUAUUAAAAAAUGCGAUAAAGUUUUACUUGAAAGUUAUACUUCAAUACUUAGUGUAGGCAAGGAAGUGUUGGAGGAAUACUAUGGAAGAUCCUUAAUAUUAGCUGACCGUGAACUUUGUGAAAGCAACAUAGAUGAUACUUUAAAAGAGGCCAAAGUAAAGGAUAUUGCUCUGCUUGUUGUUGGGGACCCUCUAGGGGCGACUACACAUACAGAUAUGCUUCUUCGGGCUAAACAGUUUGGUGUUGAGUUUCAGAUUAUUCACAAUGCCUCAAUAAUUAAUGCUGUCAGUUGCUGUGGUUUACAAUUGUACAGUUUUGGAGAAACAGUGUCAAUACCUUUCUGGACGGAAACAUGGAAGCCAGAUAGCUUUUUUGGGAAAAUUGUUGAGAACUUUGCAAGGAAUUUGCACACUUUGUGUUUAUUAGAUAUCAAAGUGAAGGAGCCCACAGAGGAAUCGCUAACUAAAAAAGUUCGCCAGUAUAUGGAUCCAAAAUUCAUGACAGUUAAAGAUGCUGCAAAUCAAUUACUUCAGAUUAUUGAUAAAAAAAUCAAUACAGGUAUUACCAGGCAAACUUUAGCUGUGGGUUUGUCAAGAGUUGGAGCACCGGAUCAACAAAUAGCUGUUAUGACUUUAGAAAAAAUGUUAGAGCUCGACCUUGGACCACCUUUACAUAGUCUUGUUAUACCUGCGCCUCAUUUACAUCCAUUAGAAAUUGAUUACUUAGAUCAAUUCAAAGAACAAAGG